AUGUUCAGCACAUUUGUAGGGACCCCGCAGUCCCUAACAGGAAGCAAUAAGGAUGUGACGGAUGGUGGAGCGUUUGCCGCUCAGCAGCCUUCCCCCAGGCAAAGGCGUCAUCAAGUGGCUCGGGCAUGUGAAUGGUGUCGAAUACAACGUGUCAAAUGCGACAACAAUGUCCCUUGCGGUAACUGUCAAAGCAAAGACAGGCAUUGCAGCGACCGAGCGUCGGGCGAACUCCGCAGCCUACCCCACGCGUACAGAGAGAUCGAGAGGCUACGGCAGAGGGUACGCGACCUCGAAGCCCAAUUGGAGGAAGGACGCCAAGCGAGUGAGGCCACACUACCAUCCCCUCCCGUCUCUACGGGCAAUGCAUCACUUUCAAGUCGUGAUACUUUCCGGACUCAGCCAAAACGACACUGGGAUGGUGUGCACAUCAGCACAGCCUAUUCGCAGCAGAGGACCUGGUACGGCCCGUUUUCUUUGUUCUAUUUCAUCAGCCAUAUGAAUAGAUACCUCACCGCUGCCCUGCAACAGCCGCAUCUAGAUAAGCACAUCCAACCCAACUCUGUGGCGAAGACAUUCUGGUCUCCGGAUUGCAACAACCUCAAGGGAAAUGAAGGUUCCCAGCCCCAGAGCGAUGGCCAUUUGGUGAAUCCCGACCAGUGUUUGACUGCAGUCCAAGAAGAGUAUUUCCUCAAUCUAUUUUGGGAAUCCCACCAUACCUCCUUGCCGAUUCUGAGUGAGGUCGAAUUUAAGGAGCAUUGCAAGGGCCUGUGGGCCACACCAGGCAAACCACGGCUGCCGUCUGCCCUUGUCGAUAUAGUCAUUGCUAUGAGUAUGCAGUAUGGCAUGGCCACCCGCCCAAGAACCUUUUCAGGCACUGAGGUUGGCGCAGACGAUCCUACAAUUGCGGGACGUUGGUAUUACCGCCGAUGCCAAGCUCUGUUGAGCAAAGAUCUCGAGUCUCCGACUAUCAGCACCGUCCAGUGUCAGAUACUCUCGGUCAUCUACCUUUGCUGCGCUUCAUUCCAGAACAUGGCCCACAGCACGCUUGCCAUAGCAAUCCGAACAGCCAAUAUGCUCGGUUUGCACAUGGAACCACCGGCUGACAUGCCAAGCGCUGAGCGAGAGCUACGCAAAAGAAUCUGGUGGUCACUGUGCACCGUCGAGAGCAAGACCUGCAUGAAGCUGGAUCGUCCGUUUUCUACUUGUUUGUCGCCCCGCUACUGUGAACUACCGGCGGAUGACCAUGAAACCGCAAGAAUGGCGGGCUCCAACUUCGCCACUUUGGACGAAAACGUCACCUGGCUCACGUACAACUCACAGCAUACAAAGCUGGUUCUUGUUACAAGAUCAAUAUACACAGCACUAUUUGACCACUGUUUGGAAGUCUUCUCGGGCGAGAAUGGAGGACUGAUAUACGACGACCCACCAGCCUUGAAGCGAUGCGCCGAAUUCUUCACCACUAGUAUCCAACCUCUUCGGGCGUGGGCUCAGGACGUACCGGACGCUUUGAAGACGGAGCGCAAGGGCAACGGAGUUUCCUUCUCGACGGACCUCUCUACGCUUGCUGUGGAGCAAUUUGCGCCGCUGUGGGUCCAGCGCCAACGCCUACUCCUAGAAUUGAUGUAUCACAACCUUUCCAUGAAUCUUCACCGCCCGUUCAUCGUAUUCCCGAUAGCUCCACAUCUUGCCGAGGCUUCCAGCCUUGCGCAUGCCCUGUCGGCCGCAGAGCACGGCAUGGCACUCACCAAUAUCAUGCACCAGAUAAUGACGCAGACCGACAUUCUGGCCGGUUGGCACGAGGCCUUCCAAUGGCAGUGGAAUGCAGCCAUCACACUAGUCGGAUAUCUACUUGCGUCGCCUACCUCUAACUCGACAGCCCUGGUCCGACAGGCCAUCGACCGCGCCUUAGUCGUUUUUGGAGUCUUUGGCCGUAGCUUUGCGGCUGCGGCUAGUGCUGCAGCUGUUGUGCGAGAUCUGGCAGAGAAGACGGAUUUGCUGAAGGAGCGCGCCCGUCUGGAGGGCGCGCAGGGAAGCGAGGCUGCCCUGACAGUAACCAACCUCGCAGGCAAUUAUCCAAACCACGUGCCCCAGGGCAACGGCGGAUUCCUAGAGACGGGAGGCCAGGAUUACAUGACUAAUGGGAUGCUGAAUCUGAUGGAUGAGGUCAACAUGGCGGCGAUGCAGGACGUGCUCCCGGCGCGGUCAAUGGACAUGGAGUUCAUGGGGGAUGGGUCCGACGGUGGCUUUGACAUGCAGUUUCUACCUUUCAUGUCGAUUUGA